CUCUGGGUGUCAGGGUAAUACAUCCGACAAUUCUAUAUUUAUAAAUAUGUUAUAACAUCUGUGCAUUAUGUUACCAAUUAUAUAAACAGAUGUAAUAUCGUACAAUGGGGCGAACGUUGAGAAAACGCCGCCAGAAGAAGAGGCUUAAUUUCGUAAAAUCAAAUGAGAACACUGAUGAGUCUUUGAUACGUUUAAAGUCCUGGCUCCUAAGCGAAAACUGCAUGUCGAUUUCUUACUUGAUACCAGAGCACUUUUCCCUCUCAGGCAGAGGGUUAAAAACAAUAAAGCGAAUAGAAAGUAACGAAAUCUUGAUUCAAUUACCGCUUCAAAUGUUGAUAACGACGGAUGCCUUAAUGCAGAGUGACAUUAAAACUUUGUUCCUGUAUAACACUGCUGACAGUUUCAGUUCCCAGUGUAUGCUCGCAAUGUUUAUCAUAUAUGAAAUGCAUUUGGGGAUAAAGUCCAAGUGGUAUUUUUAUCUACAAACACUUCCACAGUCUUUCACAAAUCCAGAUUUUUGUACCAACAGAGAGAAAGCAAUGUUACCAGGCUUCAUCUUGCAUCCUUUACAUCAAGCACAUAAAUUACAAGAAGAUUUUUCUUUGUUAAUGAAAGCUGUAAAAUAUCUGGCUGUCAGUAGAAAUCGUUGUCCUCAUUGCAAUGUGCAUUUGCAAGAGAUAAUAACAUUCGCGAAGUAUAAAUGGGCAUACUACAUUGUCAACACGCGGGCAGUGUACAUAGACGCUAAAUUCUGCAAGGAAAAUAUAUUUAAUAUAAAACAGCCUAAUAAUCUGGCUCUUGCACCUUUUUUGGAUUUAUUUAAUCACAACGUGAACGCCGCCGUUAAAGUAUCUGUCGUCACAGACGAUUGUCAGAAUCAAUUUUAUCAAAUUGUAACUUUAAAGCCGUUUGAUGAAAAAAUGCAAGUAUUUAUUAAUUACGGCGCGCAUAACAAUCUCAAGUUGUACAUCGAUUACGGAUUUUUCAUUCCAUGUAAUCCACUCGAUGAAAUUAAGUUUGACAUCCUUGAUGUACAGAGAUGUUUUGAUAUUUCGAAGAAUAAGUUAGAUUUCAUUAUGCUCAAUAGCUUUCACGAGAAUAUGUCAUUCACUCGCGACGGUCUAAAUUAUAAUGCGACAAUGACAUUAUUUAUAUUGAGUACAAAUUUGGAGAGAGAUCGUUGGAAGUUAAAGAUAUAUGGCGAAAUAUUUAAUACAAAUGAACGUUGUAUAAUCAACAAACUAGGAAUAAGUAUUUUAAACUUGAAGAAAAUCGAAUAUGCGUGUAUUUUAAGUAAUAUGAAGCAUGUGAAACUGAAAAGCCUUAGCUUUUCAAUCGCGAUUGAUCUCGUAGAGGAAUAUAUUAAUAUCUUAGAUGCAGCACUCAGUUGUAUGGAAAAAGUAGGAAAAGGUUCAUUAUUUAAUUAAAUAUUUUACUGUAUAAGAAAUUUUUUGUCAUAAACUUUUUUACAGUAUAACAUACUGUAAAAUGUGUUCAGAAAAUGAAUUUUGUACACACUUAUAUAUAAAAUUGUAUUAAACAUAAGAUACUUUGUUUUUACAAAAUAUUGUUAAUAGAAUAAUAAAUAACAGUCAACGAGUAA